GAGAGUGCUCAGAUGAUCAAAGAAGUGGAAGUGGCUAAAGUGACAGUGCUGGAAAGAAAACAAGUAGAAGCAAUAAAGAAGCUCUGGGAAGACCCAGGAAUUCAAGAAUGCUACGACAGACGGAGGGAAUACCAGCUCUCAGAUUCUGCUAAGUAUUAUCUUACUGACCUUGAUCGUAUUGCUAUGUCCUCAUUUGUGCCAACUCAGCAAGAUAUUCUUAGAGUCCGAGUGCCAACUACAGGAAUUAUUGAGUAUCCUUUUGAUUUAGAAAAUAUUAUAUUUAGGAUGGUGGAUGUAGGUGGCCAAAGGUCAGAAAGAAGGAAGUGGAUCCAUUGUUUUGAAAGUGUUACUUCCAUCAUUUUCUUAGUUGCAUUAAGUGAAUAUGAUCAAGUCUUGGCAGAAUGUGACAAUGAGAAUCGAAUGGAAGAAAGCAAGGCCUUAUUUAAAACUAUCAUUACAUAUCCCUGGUUUCUGAAUUCCUCAGUCAUUUUGUUUUUAAAUAAAAAAGAUCUUCUGGAGGAGAAAAUAAUGUACUCCCAUCUAAUUAGUUACUUUCCAGAAUACACAGGACCUAAACAAGAUGUCAAAGCUGCCAGAGACUUCAUUUUGAAGCUGUAUCAGGAUCAGAACCCAGACAAGGAGAAAGUAAUCUAUUCCCACUUCACUUGUGCCACAGACACAGAAAAUAUUCGUUUCGUCUUUGCUGCUGUCAAGGACACAAUCUUGCAAUUAAACCUGAGGGAGUUCAACCUGGUUUAA